GUAUAAUCCAUCCACUUCCCCCAAAGCCAGACUCAAUCCAUAUCUCCGUUUCCUUUUUCCUUGCAAUCCACGACAAACACCAUGGGUGACUCUGAACCAUCUAAACUCUUCUCGGUAUUCAACAACGCCAUAACCACCCACCUCUACCCACACUCCAACAGCGCCUUCGCCUACGACGUAACCUUUAUCCGCUCUGUGUGGCCCUCCGAGCUCAGUAACAAGAAACCACCUCUCCACUUCCACCCCUAUCAGAAGGAAUACAUCCAGGUAACAGAGGGCACCCUCUGCGUGGAUAUCGAAGGCUCACCUCGCGUGCUGGACCCCUCUAUUGGCGAGAUAUGCAUCUUACCAUGGACGAACCAUCGGUUAUAUCCGCCUGAGGACUUUGGUGGUUCAGAUACGAUCAGGUUUCUGCUUAGUGGAGAGGAAUCUGGGAGGAUGUUUCAGUUGGAUAGUAUGUUUUUUGAGAAUUGGUAUCGGUAUCAGGAGGCGGCUGUUGAUGGGGAGGGGCUAAAAUCGGUGCAGGUUAUGGCAAUGUUUGAUGCUGGAGGUACGUAUUUGACGUUGCCGUGGUGGAUUCCAUUUUCUCGGACCUGUGCUGUUGUGUUGGGUAUCGUCGUCGGUCGGUGGCUUGGGAGUUUAUUGGGAUAUCAGCCUUACUACCGGCAAUGGACUUCAGAUUGGGGGUUGGCGUGUGAGAAAAUGAAGACUUCGAUCUGGCACAGGCGAUUUGCAACUGUGUAAACAGUGGUUGUUUACAAUACCAUGAUAAGAAAUGAGUCGACAACGUUUUAUUCU